AUGGAUGGUCUAUCCUCGGCGGCGAGCGUCAUCGCCGUUGUUCAAUUGACCGGAAGCCUCGUGAAGCUUUGCGGAGGCUAUAUCCAAGAGGUACGAAAUGCACGGGAAGAAAUUCUCACCCUGCAGCGGGCAAUCUUUGGUCUUCAAGAUUCCCUUCAAGCCCUGCAGAACAAUCUGCAAGAGAAUAAGGCAAAAUGCCCAUCUACAUCCUCACGACUACCCAGCGAUAUUACUGCUUGCCUCUCCGAUCUCCAAGCAUUAGAAGCAAGACUCGAUCGAGGAAAGGGAAAAGCGCUGAUGAGGAAAAUGGGCUUACGAGCCUUGAAAUGGCCCUUGGAACGCACGGAGGUGGAGGGCCUAAUAAGGAGACUGGAGAGAUAUAAGUCAUCAUUCCUCUUAUCUUUACAGGUGGACCAGACGUCCCUGAUGAUUAGUGUGGUCAAAAAUACGGAGCGGAUCAACCAACAUGUUGAUCUUGGAAAGUUAGAAAGCACAAUAGAUGCAGGGUUCGAGUCAUUCUCCGAUCGCGACGAAGUGGAAUGUCUCCCAGGCACAAGAACCGAGCUCCUCCGGGAAAUAACGGAGUGGGCUUUUUCACCAUCCUCGAAAAGUAUAUUCUGGUUGCAGGGGAUGGCUGGGACAGGAAAAUCCACAAUCUCUCGGUCGGUGGCAAGGUCGGCCAAGAAUCGUAACUAUCUGGGUGCCAGCUUCUUUUUUAAGAGAGGCGAGGCGGACCGAGGGAACGCAAAGAAGCUUUUCCCAACGUUAACCAGGCAACUGAUACUGUGGAAACCAGAGUUAAGACCUGGCGUGCAAAAGGCACUUGACAACGACCCUGACAUCUCAUCAAAAUCACUCAGGGAGCAAUUUGAGAAGCUACUCCUUCGACCGUUGCUCGGUUUUGAUCAACGCGAUCAACUGCCUGAGAAUACUGUGAUUGUUAUAGAUGCUUUGGACGAAUGUGAGCACGACCAAGAUGUUCAAAAUAUUAUUCGAUUGCUGCCUCGUCUGCAGGAGGUAAAAUCACUUUGCCUUCGAGUCUUCCUGACCAGCAGACCAGAGCUCCCCAUCAGCCUUGGGUUUUCAGAGAUCGGUAACGGGGUAUAUCAGGACCUGGCCCUUCAUGAGAUACCCGAAGAGGUGACGGAACACGACAUAGAGUUAUUCCUACGACACCGAUUUACGAAAAUCCAGCAUGAUAGAAAAGUCCCUCAGGACUGGCCUGGCGACGAUAUCAUCCAAGAGUUAGCUAGGGUAUCUGUUCCACUGUUUAUUUCGGCUGCCACCGUGUGUCGCUACAUCGAGAAUCCAAAAUGGGAACCUAAAUUCCGUCUCGCAGAGCUUCUCAACAACCAAGCCAAAUAUGUGUCCAAAAUGGACAAGACAUAUCUGCCAAUCCUGACGCGACUCCUCGAUGACCAAGAGAGUGAUGAGAGGGAACAACAGCAACUUCUACUAGAGUUUCAGGAUAUUGUGGGAGCUAUCAUCCUUCUUGCUGUUCCGCUUUCUAUAACCACACUCUCUCCGUUUCUUGGGAUAGAAGUGGACCAGAUCAGCAAUCGAUUGGAUUCCUUUCGGUCGGUUCUUAGCAUCCCCAGCGACGAAAAUCAGCCUGUUAGAAUUCUGCAUCUCUCAUUUCCGGAAUUUUUGGUCCAGACUACAACGAAGUUUCGUGUGGAUGCGCCAACCAAGCACAAAGACAUUGCAAAAUCCUGCAUGAGAACUAUGAUGCGUCUUCUACGGAGAGAUAUCUGCAAUAUAGCAGACCCUGGAGCGCGUAGGGCACAGAUCGACUCUCUGAGUAUCCACCAGUAUCUAUCGUCGGAGUUGCAAUACUCCUGUCGCUACUGGACACAUCAUCUCAAAAAUAGCCACGCUUUAUCUUCUGGCGUAGAAGAAGUGCAGCUGUUCCUCCAGAAACAUUUUCUUCACUGGAUGGAAGCGAUGAGCCUGCUGGGCCUUAUAUCAGAGAUGAUUGGUAUGCUCGACAUUCUCCAAAGGAUGGUACCAGACCGUAAUGGAAAUUCUACUCUGGCCGCCUUUCUACAUGAUGCAAAGCGGUUUGUUCUGAAAAACCGACAGAUAGCCGAUGAAGCGCCACUUCAAAUUUAUUAUGCAGGGUUGGUAUUUGCACCUCGAACGGCAAUAAUUCGCGAGCAGUUCCAAUCAGAGCUUCCUGAUUGGGUCUGCCGCUUCCCACAAGUUCAUGAUAACUGGAGCGCAGAACUGCAGACGCUCGAGGGCCAUACAGGCUGGGUUCACUCCAUGGCCUUCUCACCCGAUGGGCGACUGCUGGCGUCGGGCUCUGACGAUACGACAGUACGGCUCUGGGAUCCAGCCACGGGUGCUCUCCAGCAGAUGCUUAAGGGCCAUACAAGCUCGGUUCACUCCAUAGCCUUCUCACCCGAUGGGCGACUGCUGGCGUCCGGCUCUGAUGAUAAGACAGUAGGGCUCUGGGAUCCAGCCACGGGUGCUCUCCAGCAGACGCUCAAGGGCCAUACAAGCUCAGUUCACUCCAUAGCCUUCUCACCCGAUGGGCGACUGCUGGCGUCUGGCUCGUCGGAUAAGACAGUACGGCUCUGGGAUCCAGCCACGGGCGCUCUUCAGCAGAUGCUUAAGGGCCAUAUAAGCUGGGUUCCAUCCGUGGCCUUCUCACCCGAUGGGCGACUGCUGGCGUCGGGCUCGUACGAUGCGACUGUACGGCUCUGGGACCCAGCCACGGGUGCUCUCCAGCAGACGCUCAAGGGCCAUACAAGCUCGGUUCACUCUAUAGGCUUCUCACCCGAUGGGCGACUGCUGGCGUCCGGCUCUGACGAUAAGACAGUAGGGCUCUGGGAUCUAGCUACGGGUGCUCUCCAGCAGAUGCUCAAGGGCCAUACUAACUGGGUUCACUCCAUAGCGUUCUCACCCGAUGGGCGACUGCUGGCGUCUGGCUCGUCGGAUAAGACAGUACGGCUCUGGGAUCUAGCCACGGGCGCUCGCCAGCAGAUGCUUGAGGGCCAUACGCGCUGGGUUCGGUCCGUGGCCUUCUCACCCAAUGGCCGGCUGCUGGCGUCUGGCUCGUCGGAUAAGACAGUACGGCUCUGGGAUCUAGCCACUGGCGCUCCCCAGCAGAUGCUUGAGGGCCAUAUAAGUUGGGUUCACUCCAUAGCCUUCUCACUCGAUGGGCGACUGCUGGCGUCCGGCUCUGAUGAUAAGACAGUAGGGCUCUGGGAUCCAGCCACGGGUGCUCUCCAGCAGAUGCUUAAGGGCCAUACUGACUGGGUUCUGUCUGUGGCCUUCUCACCUAAUAGCCGGCUGCUGGCGUCCGGCUCCGGCGAUAAGACAGUACGGCUCUGGGAUCCAGCCACGGGCGCUCUCCAGCAGACGCUCGAGGGCCAUACAAACUUGGUUCCAUCCGUGGCCUUCUCACCCGAUGGGCGAUUGCUGGCGUCGGGCUCGUACGAUUCGACAGUACGGCUCUGGGAUCCAGCCACGGGCGCUCUCCAGGAGACGCUCAAGGGCCAUACAAGCUCGGUUCACUCUAUAGCCUUCUCACCCGAUGGGCGACUGCUGGCGUCCGGCUCCAAUGAUAAGACAGUAGGGCUCUGGGAUCCAGCCACGGGUGCUCUGAAGGAAUCCUUGAGCACCCAGGGACUUGUCACGAAGCUGGAAUUUUCGCAAGAUGGCUCUUACAUCUCUACUAACGUAGGAUUAUUCAAGGUCCAAUUCAGUUGUGGCAAGCCUAUCGCUGACUCACUAAAUAUGGACUCACACAUAUCUCUACAGAGAGAAUGGAUAGCUGUAAAUGGGCAACAAGCCCUAUGGCUCCCUCCCGAAGCUAGGCAUUCUUGUUCAACGGCCAAGUCGAACAUACUUGCCUUAGGACAUCCGUCAGGUCAGAUUUCCUUUUUGGGAUUCCAGAAAUAA